GCCUUCGCAUUCGAAUCGUCAUUUUCAAUGCCGCGUGCCAGUCCAUUCAUUCUACACAUCUGUUGUUCUUCCUGUCAAAUCUUCCUACUUACUCCACACCCUGUCACGCCUUGCUGUCACGCCUGUUCUAUCAUCCGCGUACAACGAUUGCCCGCCUUUUCUCUCUCCUUCUACUAUAGAAUAGCUGCAUUAUAUAUAUAUGAAGAUCGCGAAAAUCGAACUGUUCCAGCAACUUUCUUCUUGUCGAUUUUCACAGCGCUUCCAUCUUCUGUUUCCGCCUUUUGAUCUGCACAGCGACCUUCAACGGAAGGAACGAGAAACCGCCCUGUCGCCGCCUUUUUUUCUGUUCCUUUGAAACAUUCGUUUCUGUUCAUUAUACAGGUGCUUUUACAUCUCCUUUUUCUAGGUUUUCCUUGAUCGCUGUCUCCUCGUCUUGCUCAUUUGAAUCCGCGUGAGGCAGCCUCUACCUUACCUAGACGUUUUCACGUCUCCUAGCUAAUACGUUUUCUUCUUCUUUAAAGGUUCUCUGCACAACAGAAGCUUCGUCGUUGUCUAUCGUCUUUGUUUAACCUGCGCGCAGUAUGUUCCCCAGAGCACUUUUAUUUAUUUAUGUUAUUUCUUUCUCUCUGUAGAACAAUUUACCCCUGGGGCAUGCGCAAGGUUCUCUUUCGUUCGUCAUAGCGAAGGCAGUUUUCAUCACGUAGGGGUGCGUGUAUACAUAUAUAUAUAUAUAUAUAUAUAUAUUUGCUUUCCUUCUUUUAUUUAUUCUUGGACAUCCUAGGUGUCUUGCAUCCGCACGCAACCACCAACGCUGACGCACAGCUGAAGUUUGUUGUGACGCGUCCCCCGGCUAACGAUUCUUUUUAUUUCUUUCUGGAGAGUUAAACUGAGCACGGCUGGACUCUGUGGACAGUUUCCGUGGCUUUUUAAUAUCAUCGAGUGCAAACUGCAGCACUGAAACGAGAGACGCACGCCCCAACUAACGUGUGUGCGAAGACGAAACCUCAUUUAUAUUUUUGUUAAAAAAAAGGCAGGAACCUACUGAAAGUGAUUCAGACUCGAUAAUGCUCCACGCCGUGCUUUGCAAGCCUACGAGGCUGGCGCGCUUCAGCCAGCGUGUGAACGUUCUCGGCCAGCGAAAAACAACCUGCGCGGGAGGCGCAGCGACGAACCUCCGCCUUGUUGUGCCCUGCGCGUCUCGACAGCGCAUGAUGGUGGAUGCGGCUCCGCUAACCACGGCGCAGCGCAUGGAGAGCAGCGGCCGAGACAACAAAAGCAGCAGCAAUAAGAGCGCCGAUAGAAGCGAGCGGGCCCAUAGAAAGGAUCACGAGGCAGCGACGUCUGCACAUGCGGCCACCACCACUCCGGCUCCCAUUGCCGCCGGCUCCGCCAAGCCGUCGUCUUCGUCGCCGCCCUGCAACUCGACGUUUCGCCCCGCGUGCGAUGAUCACCGGAAACACGCAGAAGACAGCAGUGCCAAGAAAGACGAAACUGAAUUGACGCUGUGCUUUUCACAGGGCAUGACGAAGUACUGCUGGAAGGACCUCCCCGGGGCACCGCACGUGCGCACUCCCUCCGUGUUACAUGCCGAGAGCGUACGGAACCGUAUCCGUCUCUUUGGCAUGCCGAAGGGCUACCCCGACACCACCGCAAAGGGCUUCCAGAGCUUCUUUUACCUCUCUCAGGCGAGUGCGUUUGUGUCCAACUUCGCCUCCUCCAUCGGCUUCCAGUCGCUGCUGAGCGGCUUCUUUCUCGGGUCGUCGCCGCAGCUGUGGAUGCUGAAGGACUUGAUCCCCGCCCUGCUCGCGGCGUACAUGGCAAACCGUGUCGUGUCGUACGAGAACCGACCGAAGUUUUGGUUCUGCGUGAGUGUUUUCAUGAACAACAUCACGGUGAUAUCGGACAUGAUCAUCCCCUCCGCCGUGCCGAACCACCUGCUCGCCGCAGCGAUUGUCACCUCCACCGUGAAGCAGUCGGCGUCGCUGAUGUACUUUGUGACGAGGGCGGCGGCGCUGCAGCACUACGCCAUCAACAACAACCUGGCCGAGCUCACAAAGAAGUUCAACUCCUUCGGCAUCGUCAAUUACACGGUGGCCACCGCACUCGGCAUUGUGUACUGCUCGUGCGUUGCCAGUUUCACGGCGCAGCUUGUCACGGUGGUGGCUUGCUGCCUGGCGAACAUGUACCUGUCCUCCAAGUCCGUGACGCCCAUUACGUUUCGUCUGCUGAACUUUGGCACCAUGUACUUACUACUGCGGGCCUACUUGAAAGAGUCCGGUCGCAUCAUGACCCCGUUGGAGAUCUCCGAGCUCCUUGGUGUGCGCAUGUCCCCCCUCAUCGCCCUGAAGGAGGCGGGCAUUGAAGUCGACGUGGCGACGGAGUUGAUUUACGUAUCUCCUCCCCUCGACAAGCUCAUCAUCCGGUCGGACGCGUUGGACGAGGACGUGCUCUACGUUAACAACAACGGUAUGUUCAUGCUGGCCAUGUGGAAGCCGGCACCCAUUCCCCUGACUCUGCGUGAAUGCUGGCGGCGUCACGAGCUGCCGUCGUUACCGAACUAUAUUCGCGAGCGGGGCUGGCGUCGGGUCGAUCCCCGCGUGGCGGAGAUGGAGCGGCAAUUCCGCGGCUACCGGCUCUGCCUCUUAGUGCAACACAAGUGCACCGCAAAGGAUCUGGUGACCGCCUAUUUGAUCAUGUACUCGGCGGUGCUUCUGCACGCGACGACGGAGGAGGAGUUGCGUGCGUUUAUCCGGCGAUGCCAUGCAGAGCAGGAUGAGUGGCACCAAAAAGGCGAGGCCUUCCGUGAGCAGCUGGGGACGGUAAACUGGGAUGUGCAGCUGCCGGCGCUGGACCACCACAACUAUCGCAUGUCGGAGCUGCUGGCCCCGCCCUGCAUGCGUGGAAGCGCACCGACUUGUGCCUCAUCAGCGACGCCAGCUGGUGCAGCCUCGGCAAGCGAAACGUAG